UUUUUUAUAUGAUAAUAUUUAACAGCAUAGAUCGUAUUAUCGUUCAUUCGUAUUAUCAGUUCAUAAUACGUCUUGUUAGAGAAGCAAUUACAUCAAUAUACAUAUAUAUAUUAUACGAAUGUUUUUAAUGUAAUAAUAUCACAUAAAACAGUUUGUAAUGGGAACCAUCAAUUGGGGGGAAUUAUUCCCGGGAAGAUGGAGUCCUAUCAUUUUUACAUAUAUGGCCCUUUUUGUGAAUCAAGGUAUUAUUGUAACUUGGUCUCAAAGAGAUGGUCACUAUGAAUACAAUAUUGUUAUGGUAGUAUUGAUGACAGAAGUAUUAAAAUUAUUUACUUGUACAAUAUUAUAUUGUAAAGACAAUAGUUUUACAAGUUUAUACCAAGAAGUAACAGGAAAUAAGAAAGUGCUAUUGCUAUAUAUGAUACCAUCAUUUUUAUAUUGUUUGUACAAUAAUUUGGCAUUUAUCAACUUAUCCGUAUUUGAUCCAACAACAUAUUAUGUUCUAUUACAAUUUCGUGUUGUUAUGACUGGAGUUAUUUUCCAGGUUGUUUUUAAUAAAAAAUUAUCAUUAAAACAAUGGUUAUCAUUAGUAUUAUUAACUAUUGGAUGUAUGGUGAAACAUAUGGACUUGAAAUUUAAUGUUAACAUAUUUAACACCAAAUUUAAUUUAAAUAGUAACAUAAUUUUAGUUUUUGUACAGACAAUUUGCUCUUGUUUAGCCGGAGUUUACAAUGAAUAUUUACUUAAAGAACAAGGAGCAAAUAUCAAUAUUUUUGUACAAAAUGUGUUUAUGUACAUUGAUAGUAUUCUUUGCAAUCUUAUAGUUUUCAUUUUAUUCUUUAUAUCGGAAAAUAAUGUUUCUGGAUUGUUAAACAAUGCUGAUUUUAGUAUACUUAUGCAACCAAAAAUCAUUAUAAUAAUGUUAAACAAUACAGCAAUUGGGAUUAUCACAAGUUUUUUUUUGAAAAACUUGAACUCUAUUUUAAAAACUUUUGCCAGUGCGUUAGAACUUAUAUUUACAGCAGUUCUAUGCUGGUUAAUAUUUAAUAUUCCUAUUCAUUUAAAUACAAUACCUAUUGCUACAGUGAGUUAUGCAGUAAUAUUGUACUCACAAAAUCCUGUACAAAAUAUUCGGACCAAAGAACGAAUGAAGGCUGAUAAUUUAAUUUAGUAGAAGUAAAUUAAAAAAUUUCACUAACUUUGUA